ACUCUUUUGUUGUACCAGGUAAUUGAUCCCCUGCGCAUCUCAUUUAGUUUUAACUAUUACAACAGAAUUAAUCGAAAUGGCCGAAGCCAGUGGAAAGAAAUUAAAAGCUAUCUGCAUUGAUGGAAGUGAACACAGUGAACGAGCACUGAAAUGGUUUUUUGAUAACGUUUAUCAUGAAGGUGAUGAAGUCGCAUUAAUUCAUGUACAUGUUCUCCCUGAUCUACCUUCAUUUGGCAUAUAUGCUGGUGGAAUUGUAGCCACCGAGAUCUAUCAAGAAACUGUCGAAGAGAGCAUCAAACAUAGUAAAGUAACCUGCGAGAAGUACAAAGAACUUUGUGCUGCCAAAGGAGUAACUCCAAAGAUAUUUGCUGAAACAAUGGAAGAUUCAAUUGGACAUACCAUUUGCAAAAUUGCCAAGGAACAUCAUGCUUACAUGAUUAUUAUUGGUCAGCGUGGUUUAGGUGCAAUACGCCGCACUUUAUUUGGUAGUGUCAGUGAUUAUGUCCUGCAUCAUGCCCACGUACCAGUAGUUGUGGUGCCGUCAGAAGACAAAGAUAAAUCUAAAUGAUUAUGUUUGCAAUAAGUUUUAAUAUUUUUUUAAUGUUGUUAUUUUUUGUUAUUGUUAACAACAAAUUUUAUUUUGGGAUAAUUUAGAAGUUCUUUCAUAAAAUUGUUAUCUUAUGAUAUUUGUUUCGUUUUUUGUAAAACAUUAGUAAUUUUUAAGAAUGUUCUUAAUAUAAUAGAAAACUUCCUAAUCAUUUUUGACUGCUUGUAAACAUAACCAAAACAUGUAAAGUAUAAUAAAAAUAUUUUUUCCAAAUUGUAAUUUUUAUGAAAGCAUGGAAUGUGUUUUAAUGCCUUGUUUCUUAUGGUUAGUCUCUUUUUUCUACUAUAAGUUCUAAUAUACCAAUGUAUGUACUACUAUUGUAUGCAGUAUACCACGUAUAUAACAUUAUAUAGAAAAAAGGUUGUAUUGUCUCCUAAUCUGUUGCUUUCGGUAGACUUAAAAAUAUUUAUGUUUGCCUUAACCUCACCUUGUGUUUUUUUCAAAAAAGAGGUUAAUUACUGUAUAGUAAUGUAUAAGAUGUAUAAGAUAACCAAUUA